AUGUUUCCCGCUCCGUUGACGUUAGGCUGGUCCCUGAAGCCUGCUCGAGAGAAGGCUGUGGACAUGGCGCUGUCUUUGGACGAGUGCUUCGAUGUGCAAAAGUACUCAACACACGUCCUCUGCCUCAAGUAUCCAGGAGGGGACGCAAAGGCCUCGGACUUUAAGGGGGACGCUGAUCAGGUCUUGAAGAAGGGGAAGAGGAAGAGAGGAACCGAUGCAGCAGAUUGCAUGGCCUCACAAAAUGUGCACGUGAAUGCAGCUAUUCUGGCGACGAAGAGCGAGGUUUUAGACAAGCUGCUGAAUAGUGAGAUGCAGGGGAGUAGCUCAACACCUAGUGUGAUGCUGCACUCAAAGGAGGAAGCGGACUUGAUGUGCACCCUUCUGAAAUUCUGCUACAACUCUGACCUGAUUGAUGAAAUUGCAGAUGAAAAAGAAAAGGUGCUGGCCUUACUAGUUCUAGCAGAUAAGUUUCGAGUUACAGAGUGCUUCCCAAUCUGUGCUGACAUUCUAGAAACUUCCCUGGAUACAAUAGAAGACGCGAGCAUGUUCCUCUCCUUGCCGGACUUCUUGCAACAGCAGGCUUGCUUGCAGCGGUUCGUUGAAUGCAGUCGCAAAACCUUGGAAAAGAAGCUAGAGAAUCUAGAUGAGCUCUUUACCUCAGGAAAGCACGUCUCCCUUUCCCUCGAAGUGCUGAAGAUUGCUUUGGAAAGCAAUGUGUCUCGGAUCAACUCGGAGAACACCUGCUUCUGCAUUGUUUGGGACUGGAUUGAGGAGAACUGCAAGGGUCCAUCAGCGCGGAAAGCUGCUCUAGGAGAACUUCUUACUGCACUCAAGUUUGGCCAUAUGACCGGCGACUUCCUGCUGGCCAUCAGCGCACGACCUGAUAUGACAAGGCCUUCAGCGGCUGGGCUCAUCAAAGAAGCACUUCGAUUCAGAAUGGGCCAAUCAUCGGAGAAUCCUGGGAGCUUCGAUCUGAGCAAGAUUAGCGCGCGGCCGUCUAACACCGCAUGUGGUCUCCAUAGGCCUUGGGUCUGCUUCGAGGGGGUCGCUGAGAGCACGCUGGUAGCCUUGGAACUCGGAGAGAACGUCAAAGUUCCGCCAAUCUUCGUGGAUGGCUACCUGUUUGACUUGCAAAUACAGCGGCAAAGUGAAGACGAGUGCGACUUUUCGAUCCAUGUCAACCCCUGGAAGCAACUGCAGACUCCAGAAGACAAGGUAUCGUUGAAAUCGAGACUUGCGACGGGCGCGAUUAAGGAAACCCUUUGGAAGCAGAAGUGGAAAGAUACCGCUGUUACAGGUCGGGGUUACAGGUCACCCAAUGUAAAACUUCUGGCAUCGAGUGGGAAGUCUGUACAGAGAAAGUAUCUGGCCAUUCCGGAGAGAAUGCUUAUCUUCUACCUCGCAAUAGAGUGGAACAAUUGA